AUGAGAAAGAUCUUGAAAAGUAAUGCAGAAGGUCAAGAGUUGACAGUCGAAGUUUUCUCCUCUCAAUUGCACAACAAAAUAUUCACGACCAGCAGCAAAAUUCAUGAAUUUUCUGCUCUGUUAAUAGAGACGGGGAAUGGGGAGAAGGGAAGAAAAGUGGAGUCUUUCAAAUCCCAUGCAAUUUCAAGAUAA